UAACCGUCCAUGUUUCGCAGGUCGCCUUUCUCAAAUGCCAGAGGUAAACGAAAGAUGCCCAACUCGGUCUGGAGCGUGAGUGGCCGGACGCUGCUCAAGGACGGCACUGUCUUUUUCAUUCGGGGCAUCAACUACCAGCCAACGCCGAUUGGCAAGUGGGGCGGCGGCGACUUGCUCUUGGAGCCCGACCUUUGGCGACGCGAUCUGCCGCUGCUUCGGAACCUCAACGCCAACGCAGUCAAAGUCUACAACUACAGCCCUGGAAAUGUGUUGGGGCACAUGGCCUUCCUUGACGCGGCCUACAACGCGGGUGUCAACCCUCUAUACGUCAUGUUCUCGGUCUGGGUGCCCCCGACAGUCAUGCAGGCGGGUGUGCCCCUCAAUAGCCCCCUCUUCCAGACGUACGUCACAGCCUACCUUGCCAUGGCCACCGAGGUUUCGUGUCACGCGGCCACGAUGGGCUUUGUCAUUGCGGGCGAGAUCAACUUGCUACCCGAUUUGGCGACGCCGCUCUUUUGGCAGAAAUUCAAUGCGCUCACGCAGGCGGCGCGCACGGGCAUGUCGAUCGCGGGCUGUGCAAACACCAAGAUCCUCACGAGCAACUUUAUCGAUGAUUACGGGCAGACGAUCGCCUACGGCGAGCAAAACGGCGCAACGGUCGACAUCUGGGGCAUUGACGUGUACGACAACCGGUUCAGCGCUGCCAAGGUGCAAGCCCACGCCCAGAUCACGCAGCGGCCCAUCAUCUUUUCCGAGUACGGAGUGCCGUUCGCCAGUAACGCCUACGAAGUGUUUGACCAAACGCAAUGGAACGUUGGGGGGUACCUCAUGACGAUGGCGAAGUUUCUCGAAAGCAACUUUAUGCGCCGCGACGACAGCAAGAUGCCGGUGCUUGUCGGCGGCUUUGUCUUCGAGUACUCGGACGAAUGGUGGAAGGAGACCAGCCCGAGCAGCCACGACAUGGCGCACGCCCCUCUCGGGCCGUUCUUGCCACUGGGCUACUUUGCGGAAGAGCAUUUCGGUAUCUUCUCGAUUGCGGCGACGUCGGGGCCCGACGCCAUGGCGCCUCGCACGAUCGCUGCUCAGCUCGGUGGGCUCUGGUCGACGAAAAUCGAUGGUCAACCGUGGACCUCGCUCAACGCCCUUGUGUUUCCAGUGCCUCAACCACCUACAAACUAUUGCAAUGCGUCGAGCGCUGACAUUGCUGUGGGCCUAUCGGUCUACAACGACCCGAUUUGCGGCCAAGGCGGCGGGGCCAUGGGCUGCCGCAAUUCCUAUUGCCGAAUCUGCCGACUGUUUUGGACGCCCCAGAGCGCGCCGUACGUCGGGUGUCCGCCACCAGUCGUCACAGCUACGUCACCGUGCGUCAACACGACGAUGGUUUGCGCCAACGGCAUGGUGCUCUUUGCGAACUCGACCUGUCAGUUUGACACGUGCCCCACACCAGUGUGUGCGGUCGACACCGCUGGCUUGCAACAGGGCCUUGGCAGCAUCUAUGACCCCUUAUGCGUCACCAAUGUCCAAGCCGACGGAUGUGACGUUUAUCGCCGCGGCUGUCGUCUAUGUCGCCAGCCAGGCUCCCGCAACACGGUAUAUGCGGAUUGCCCCGUGGCAGCCAACGCCCCAGUACCGUGCAUUGUGACGCAAGCCGACUUGAACAUUGGGAUUGACGUCACGCUGAACCCAUCUUGCGCUGCAAUUGGCGGUAUUGGCUGUGACCCGUGGCGCCCCAGCUGCCAAUUCUGCAAGUUUCGAGUCUCCGCUCAGAGCACCAACUUGCUCCCGUGCCCCGGUGUCAACGUCACGCAAAUGCACUCGUCCCAGUUGGCUUUGAACGCUUCGUCCAACGUGCCACCAGCUUCGACGUUGACAGGCAUCGCUGUCAUUUGCGCCGUCGUCGCAGCCACAGCGGUAAUGGUCUUGGCCGUGAAGGCCGUGCAGGCUCGUCUCGCGCGCCAAGCCCCGCGAAAGGACCAAAUCGUCGUUAUCACCCCCCGUGGACCCCACAUUCUCUAGCAUUGCGAUCAACGCUUCAUUCUCCAUAAUCCAGUUGCUCCUUUCUUCGUCGAGGCCUUCUCUGCUAACG